AUGGUCUGGACUGUGACAAAGGCUCCUGUCGUGCUGCGUCUCGCUGCGGAUCUCGGUGAGUAUAUACUUGAGUGGGGUCUUGCUGAGAUCUGCGUCCUUGGUCUGGGUGUUGUGUGUCAACUGGAGCAUCUUGUUGACGUGGCUGGCCGUGUUCUGCUGGAUCUCGAUGUGCACAGGCGCCAGGGGUAUUUAGUAGGGAGAUGGGGUAAGGUCCUUCUCGAACUGGAGGAUGAGGCUCUGCUUGCGCGAACACGGGAUGAUCUGCUCGUUGUGGAACAUUCAUCUGUUGCUGAAGAUGGUGUGCUGGCCGAGGUGCGGCUUGAUUCCAUUCUGGUCGACCCUGAGGAGGGCUUUGUUGAUGGUGGUGCGCAAGGUCUCGAGGGUGGUGGUCUGGUCGUAGAUCUUGGCCUUGAUGAUAUUGCUGACCAUGCUGAAGAUACGGAGGUGGGUCCGGAUUCUGCCAAUGACUUGUGGUCUGGGGGUAGGAGUGAGGUUGUGGAUGUAGAGGUGCUGGGCGUACUUCCGGGUGAUCGCUGCGACCAUGUUGUUGAGGACUGGCAUGUUGGUGGUGAAGAUGGAUGUUCUGGUUGGUCGUCGGUGAAUGUGGGCCCGUCGUUUGACUCGAAGGUGCGUAUCCUGCUGCAUCAUCACGACGAUGCGUCGGAGGGCCGAACUGCAUUUGAUCCAAAAACGCGGCUGGUGCUAUCCAUUGUGGCCGUAGAGAUGCUGCAUCCUGGUGGGGUGGCCACUGGUAUUGAGCGUGUACUCCUCCGGCUGGUGGGUGUUGAUUCCAUCGACCUUGCCAUCCUUGAUCGUCUCCUGGGUAAUGUGUCGUCGGGUGUGGCGUCUCGGGAGGAGGAGGAGGAGGAUGUGCUUGAUAGUCUGGUGGAGGAGGAGGAGGAGGCGGCUGCCGCUGCCAACUUUGUUGGUACCACUGGUAGCCGUCCAUGGUGCGAGUCCGAUGUAGCUGGGGUACGAGCUACUCACUACUCUGACCUAUGA